GAGACUGAGGACCGUGAGCGGCGGGGUCGGUGGCGGGUGGAGGUGUGAGGGCGGCGAGGGACCUGAGGGGGAGUCGGGCCGGUGUGGCCGCCGCCGCCGCCAUGCAGGAAAUCAUCGCCAGCGUGGACCACAUCAAGUUCGACUUGGAGAUCGCAGUGGAGCAGCAGCUCGGGGCACAGCCGCUGCCCUUCCCUGGCAUGGACAAGUCGGGGGCUGCUGUCUGCGAAUUCUUUUUGAAAGCUGCAUGUGGCAAAGGGGGCAUGUGCCCAUUCCGCCAUAUCAGCGGUGAGAAGACUGUUGUGUGUAAACACUGGCUGCGGGGGCUGUGCAAGAAGGGGGACCAGUGUGAGUUCCUGCAUGAGUAUGACAUGACGAAGAUGCCCGAGUGCUACUUCUACUCCAAGUUCGGGGAGUGCAGCAACAAGGAAUGCCCCUUCCUGCACAUCGACCCCGAGUCCAAGAUCAAGGACUGCCCUUGGUAUGACCGUGGCUUCUGCAAGCAUGCCCUCGAUUUGAACUGCCGAUGGGAACCACUGAGCAGCCCCCACUGCCACAGCAGACGCAGCCUCCGACAAAGCAGAGAGCCCCACAGGUCAUCGGGGUCAUGCAGAGUCAAAACAGCAGCGCAGGCAACCGGGGACCCCGGCCGCUGGAGCAGGUCACCUGUUACAAGUGUGGCGAGAAAGGACACUACGCCAACAGAUGCACCAAAGGCCACUUGGCCUUUCUCAGUGGACAGUGACAGCAGCUGGAGCCAGCUCAGAGCAGCCCAAGGAGCCCCAUUCUUGGGGACCACCCUGAGCCAUACUUGGGAGCGUGCAUUUAACUGUUUAAUGCCAGUGUUGGUGCAACUCUGGCUGGGGUGGGCAGUCAGGCACACCAGGGUUCACCAUUCUGAUGGGCUGCGUCUGUUGGUUUCCCUACUGUUUUGCUGUAAACUUUUUAAAAAGGGGACAAGCACUCCAGUUUGGUCAAGUUGGCAUCAUGUGUGUCUAGGCAUCUUGUGUGUCUAGGCAUUGACACCUGUCUGGAAUUCCCUGCACACCGCCCUCUAGGGAGGGGAGGAGGCAGCAGGGAAGGGCUCCUGCUAAGCGGUCUGUAAGGAAGGCAGCCCUUCCCCUUGAGGCCUCAUUAAACACCAGUUCCUGGUGACCCCAGAGGCUGGGAGAUCAUUUAAAGCUGGUCAUGCCUGCUUCCUCUACAUCUUGCUGAAUUCAGAAGCUGUGCCUGUCCACGUGACUUGAAUGAGGCAGCCCCUCAGGGCAAACUUAAGUGUGCUCCUCGUCUCCACGGCUGGGUCCUGCUCCAAGGUGGCAGUGGUUGAGAGGAAGGACACAGAGCUCUCCAGCGUGAGGGUCUUUUCCUUCUGGGCUCAUUUCCUUGGAGUGCCUACUUGUCAGUGAUAUGACUGAAGGUAUGCCUUAAGCUGGAGCUGCAGACCACCCAGUAAAUUGAUGAUGCAGUCCAUCUGUGCACCUACCUCCUGCCCCUGAAACUGGAAAUGUGAGACCGUCACCUGCAGCCUGCUGGGCAAGUGGGCCUGUCCAAGUUCAAUUACAAGAACAAUUUUUAUGAGAUCAAUUAAAGCUUGUUUUUUAA